GGAGUCCCACACAGCUCAAAACAAUCACACAGCAGCAGCAGCAGCGCUUCACUCUACAGCACGACGCGCUCCAGCGGCCGCCUCUAUCUCCCGUUCCCGCUGCUGCUUUCUUUUUUCAGCAGGAAUGCCAGCUGUGAGUCUGCUAGUCGUGUAAAACUGUCAGUUUGGACCAAUGGAGAGAGCGUGCGGAGGAGUGUCGCGUUGCGGGAGCAGCAGGACUGUGGCGGCGGCGGGAGAGCGGGGGAAGCCCACAGUGAGGCCGGGGAACAGCUCACCCAGGGCGGGCAGGAGCAGCUCGCCCAGUCCCGGACGUGGAAGCGGGAACCCGUCCCAGAGCCACAAGCGACACUUGGAGGGAGUUCUCAACAAAUACACCAAUUUACUGCAAGGCUGGCAAAACAGAUAUUUCGUGCUGGACCCUGAGCUUGGACAGCUGCAGUACUUCUUAAACGAGCAGAGUAAGAACCAAAAGCCGCGAGGAUCCUUGCCUCUGAUUGGCUCUUCAGUUGCCCCAAGUGAUGAGUUUCCUUUCAUGUUCACAGUCUAUGCUGCUAACGGAGAGCUCUUCAAGCUUAGAGCAUGUGAUGCGUGUGAGCGACAGCUGUGGAUGAACCAGCUCCAGCUCUGUGCCCGUCGCCAUUCAGAUAGCAGUGCCAAGGGCUGCCGCACCUCUUCCUCGACCUUCUCCUCUUCCUUCGCUGGCCGGACCCGCAGCUUCUCCUUACUCCCACACCCCGCCCCGCCCUGCUCCUCCAUCAACACCCAGAGACAGAACACCCCGCAUGGCCAUGGGAACCCCGGCUCCAUCAUCACCAUCACCCACCACAAGUCCCCCACCAGCAGCCAGCGGGCCUCCAACCACAGCCCUGCACCCCUGCACCAGGUCAAAGAGGUCAUGUCUCAGGCUGAGGGCCAGCAGAAGAACCUACUGAACUCUAUCGAAUCUCUGCCCAGCCGAGGCCCUCUCUCCUCGCUAGACCCGGACCUUCUGCUGCUCAAGGCCACGUCUGCAGCCACGCUCAGCUGCCUGGGAGAGUGCCUGAGCAUUCUCCAGCACAACGUCAGCCAGGCGGCACGCAACAUCACCACACACACACAGGGACUAAACACAGAGAAUGUUACUGGCUGGUCAGGGCACAAACCUGCCUCAGAGGAGCCACUAAAGAAUGGAGGAGUGACAGGCCUGUCCACCUCAACCAGCAACACACCACCCAUAUCCCCAGCACACAGGAGUAAAGAACUGCUCAAGGGCUCUGAGAAUUCCAGUCCAGAUGCAGUGGACCCUAGUGAGGAAAGCACAGACACUGAGGACAAUGAGGAGGAAGACCUGGGGGUGCUGGACGACCAGAGGAGCAUCAUCCUCCACCUGCUGUCCCAACUCAAACUCGGCAUGGACCUCACAAGGGUGGUGCUACCUACUUUUAUCCUGGAGAAGCGAUCUCUGCUGGAGAUGUAUGCUAACUUCAUGGCCCAUCCCGAUAUGUUUCUGGCGAUCACAUCUGGGACUACGGCAGAGGAGCGCAUUGUACGAUUUGUGGAGUAUUAUUUGACAGCCUUCCACGAAGGCCGUAAAGGUGCCGUGGCCAAGAAGCCCUACAACCCCAUCUUGGGGGAAACCUUCCGCUGCAGCUGGGACGUACCGCGGGAGAGGGUGCGGCCCCUCAGGACUACCAGCUCACCUUGCCCCGUGCCCCCUGCCUCGGCCAAACCCGGGGACUGCUGCCGGCUGUGGUUUGUGGCCGAGCAAGUCUCACACCACCCGCCAGUAUCAGGAUUCUACUGUGAGUGCAAGGAGCGCCGCAUGUGCGUCAACACACAUGUCUGGACCAAGAGCAAGUUCAUGGGCAUGUCUGUUGGAGUGUCGAUGGUUGGAGAGGGGGUGCUGCACUUGUUGGAGCAUGAUGAGCAAUAUGUGUUCACACUGCCCUGUGCCUAUGCCCGCUCCAUCCUUACCGUGCCUUGGGUGGAGCUGGGGGGGAAAGUCUCCAUCUGCUGUGCCAAGAGCGGUUACUCAGCUACAGUCACCUUCCACACCAAACCUUUCUAUGGAGGAAAAGUACACAGGGUGACAGCCGAGGUUAAGCACAACCCCACUAACACCAUUGUGUGCAAGGCCCAGGGGGAGUGGAAUGGUACCCUGGAAUUCACCUACAGUAGUGGAGAAUCCAAAGUGAUUGACACAUCAAAGCUGCCAGUCAUUAAGAAGAAGAUCCGCCCGCUAGAAAAGCAGAGCCAGUACGAGUCACGGCGGCUGUGGCAGCACGUGACUGCGGCGCUGAAGACGGGAGACAUUGACACAGCUACAGAGCACAAGCAUCAGCUGGAGGAAAGACAGCGCAGCGAGGGGAAGCAAAGAGCAGCUACGAGUACUCCCUGGAAACCCAAGUACUUCAUCAAAGAGGGAGAAGGCUGGGUGUACCACAAUCCUCUGUGGAAGACAAACUGCUGAGCAAUGUGAACUGUAGUCUACCUGUCCAUCACAGAGGCCAGCCCACAAGGAGGUGGAGCCACAGGAAGGAGCACUGGCCAGCCAAUGGGACAAAUGGAGCCGGACUGCAGUGGGGCAAAGGCUGACCAUUUCUAGAAGAGAGUUAAAGGUGCCAAAAAUAAAAAAAAUAAAAAAUAAAAAAAAUAUUCAUGAAAUCCGAGUGGACUUACCCAACCCAGCCCUACCAAAAGACCUGCCGUCCUGUAUGGUGCUCCAGGAUGUUCUUCCGUCCCGCUGCUGGAGAUAUUCAACUGUGGAUGCCAGACAUUACAAUGGACAACUUCUUUAUUUGGUUAUUUUAUUUCUGAUUUUAUGUUUUCUUAUACACGUGUGCUUCCUAGUAGAUUAGGGUUUGGUUUGCCAAAGCUGUAGCAAAGUGGAUACCCUGGAAGGCUAAUGGCAGCAGAGUACACAGAUUAGACCAGCUACUACACCAAGUAGCAGUUUGUUCUGGGCUUUCAGGUGCAAACUACUUACAUACACCUACCUAAAUUAGCUGCUAGCACCCAAGAUAGCAACUAAAAGUUUUAACCUAAGCUUACAGCUGGACAUCUUUAAUUUUAAUUCCUGUAUUUCAAGUUUUUUUCUGUAUAUUAAAGGUAAAACAGAUUGUUACAUGAAGAGAUACGAGAGAGAGAGAGAGAGAGAGAGAGAAAUGUGAUUGUGUAGCUCCUAAAGUACCUCAAUAUACAAUUUUGGUAUUUCGUGAUUUAAAUCUUUAAGAUCACAUUCCUUACUAAACUCUCUCCAUUCAGCCAUGGAAAAAGAAUUAUGAAUCCUCUUUUUUUUUUUUUUUUUUAACAAAUGUUUGUACAUUUACAACACUGGUAACUGUUUUAUAUACAGUGGCAUGCAAAAGUCUGGGCUAGCUAAGGAAGUAAAAGAUGACCUGAAAUCUAAAAGGCAUAAGGUUAAAAGAUGAUUAUUGUUUAAAAAGUUAUUACUUGUUUCCCCACCUUUUAUUUUAUUUCAGCAUUUUCGCUGCCAGUAGAAUAUUCCCUGUUCCACUGGAUGCAACACACCCUUGUGCUUAACAGUUUGAUAUGUUAAAACAUCAUGAAAUUCUGAACCUUUUUCCCCCCAACAAAAACAUUCUAUUCUAACUUCAUCUGUCCACAUAUAUUUUUUUCUUGUAAAUUAUUUGCUUUAGGUGCUAAAUCAACCUAAAGGUCUUUUACAUUCAAGUGGGGUUUUGAAUGGCCUUUCUAUUUUCUAAUAAUCCUAUUAGCGGUUCUCUCUAAACCUUUUUUUGGUUUUGCAGACCUUAACCUGACCUCAACUUUUCACGUUGAGUGCAAUUCCUAAUUACAUUACAAACUAAGCAAACUGCUACCUGAAAACUCCUAUAUUGUUCUCCUGCUUUGUAAGCAUCAAUUAUUGUAAGUGCAACUGCUUAGAGAAGCCCAUGACUGCUAAAUGUUGGGACCAGGUUAAAGAGGUCUGAGUAUUUAGAAGACAUUAAAAUUUGCAUUAACUGGCCUGUCCCAACAAUGUUUGCAAUCAAGCGACAGUUUUAAUGGUACGAAGUUUUAGUUCUUAAGAUUUUUUAAUCAAAACUGUAAUCUAUAGUUCUGUAAAUCCAGAUUCUACAGUGUCUAGAUACUCCUUCUUGUUUGAAAGGCAUUUGUUCUCUGUGUGUGAUGUUGCAGGCUACUCUAAUUGGUUAGACCAAACACUGUGACAAUACUUAUUUGCAAUAGGUUAAACUCGGCUGAAACGUAUAAUGCAACACAAGCAAUCACACAGACAGAUUAAGAGGAAGCAAUGAGGCAAAAGUGCUAUAGAACAAGUACCAUAACAAGCUAAUUAAGGUCUAAGACAAUGGUAAAACUUACUUGUGAGAGCGCAAAUCUCUUGGGAUAUGAAAACCUGUGCAAACCUUUUU